AUGCCGCGUGCUCAGACAAUUCCGAUUUUCCGACCUGGACACCUCAGAAAGUCUCAUCGAGCCCAGUUCACUUUUAUCCUGCGUCUGCUCUUCCAUCGUGGUCCUCAUCUGAAGGACUCCAACUCCAGCGCAUCCCAUCUCGCCCAACCGGUCGCGAACUGUCCGGUCUCCCGGAAUGCAGACAUUUCGGUGUCAACCUCUUCCUUUCCUCCUCCUCCUCCUCCUUUCUCUUUUUCUUCUUCUUCUCCUCCUCUUCUUCCUCAGUCUUCUUUGCUUUUCCACUCGCUACACUCGUGCCCAAACUCCCCAGGCCGACUCGCUCGUCUUCGUCCCGUCUUGCUGCCCCUCUUUCUCGGCCAAUUGUUGGCCGGGCUGAUCGCCGUUACCGCCGUCUGCAGCGGUUUGAUCGCCCAGACCGGACUCAGCCUACCCUUGGCCCAGAACCUUCCACACUACACCCUUCUGGCCAUCUUCUGCGGUCUGCCCAGCCUCGUGCGGCUCAGUCGAGCCUGGCGGGCUCAGUCUCGUCUGCCGAGUCGCUAUGUUGCCUGGCAACCGCAACAGUCACAACAGCAUCUGCCGCAUGACCUGACCGAUUCAGAGGGUGGAGUGUCACCCGACGAGGCACAAGACAAUCCGGAGUUGUGCUGCCACGGCAAGUGGAUCCGAACAAGCCAGUACAAAGAGUCCAUCAAAGGGUCAUUGGCAGAAGGACCUGUAAGAACACACCCAAAUCGCAGUCCAUUGCAUGCUCAUUGCCAGACUCGGAUCGUGGACGUGGUACAUUCGCAGACAUUUCGCCGGCAUCGUAGUCGGUAUCGUCAGCACUACACCACAAUUGGUGAAAGAUAA